AUGAUAUACGAUUUCAAUAUUCCAUACCCCAAUAAAAGCGAUGCUACUGAAUUACAACGCAUAGAAAAGAUAUUAGAUAGACUAGAUUCUUUUGAGAAUAGAAGUACCAUUGCGCUGAACUUGACAGUAGAAGGCAAUCUAUCGGACGUCAAGUCAAUUGAGCCAGUAGCAUCUCAGAAAUUCACAAAUAUGCAACAAUUAACAAGAGCAACUCUAAUGGUGGAAGACGUCAAACAAAAUUACCAACUCGCUGCAAGUUCAGCGUAUCCAAAUAUUGACAUUUUAGCUGUACGUCCUACAAACUUCGAUAUUUGCAAACACGCUUGUCAGACGUACGAAGUUGAUCUGAUCUCGCUGGAUUUGGCUAAAUCGAAAGCUCUACCUGGAUUUGUCGCAGCACAGAUGGCUGUCAAUCGUGGCAUAUUCUUUGAAGUGUGUUAUUCACAAUCAUUCAGAGAUCCAAACAAACGUUUUCUGUUCUUCAAUAAUGUUAAGAGAUUAGUCGAGGUGACCAGAGGACAUAACCUGAUAUUUUCAAGCGAGGCAAUGCGAGCAUUAGACAUUAGAAGACCUGCUGACCUUAGAAUUUUAGGAAGUAUGUUUGGGAUGACACACGAUCAAAUAGAGGCCACCGUUACAGUGAAUUAUCCAAGAUUAUUGAAGAGAGCUGAAACCAGAAGGCUCACUUACAAUGCAACCAUUGCCCUUGAUAAAUCAGAACUUUUUGCCGAAGCAGUGGCAAAAGACAAUGCUUCUUCUUCUUUGCAGAAACGUAAAAACACAGAUCAACCGCAAUCUAAAAGAGCUGCUAAGCGUAACAAACAGCAACAGAAUCAGAAUAAAUAG